AUGGAAGACGUGGGAGAAUAUCGGUUGCUUCACAAGAUCGGCGUUGGAUCGUUUGCCACGGUAUGGAAAUCUAUGCACAAGAUCACUGGCGAGAUCGUCGCGAUCAAGGUGAUCGUCCCGCGGAUGGAUCAGCUCCGCCAGCAGCUGGAACUGAUCGCGCAGGAGCAAGCCAUCAUGAAAUCGAUCGCACAUCCAAACGUCGUCAAGCUCCUGAGGAUGAUCAGCGACGAUGAGCACGACGAGCUCUCCACGAAGUACCUGGUGAUGGAGUUCUGCGAGGGUGGCGAUCUGGAUCACUACAUUCACCUCAACAAGAAGCUCAGCGCUGGGGUCGCGAGGACGAUCAUGCUCCAGCUAUCGGCGGCGCUCCAAGAGCUCCGGAGGAUGAACUUGAUCCACCGGGACCUCAAGCCCCACAAUCUCCUGCUCAAGAACAAGGUCGCGCCGGGGUCAGAUCCAGAGGGAGAAGAGAUCGUGGUGAAGCUCACGGAUUUUGGGCUGGCGAGGAAGCUCCAGCCGCAAGGAAUGGCGCAAACGAUGUGUGGAACGUAUCUCUACAUGGCCCCGGAAGUGAUCUCGCACAACAAGUAUGACGCCAAGGCCGAUCUCUGGAGCGUCGGGGUGAUGCUCUACCAGAUGAUCACUGGGCGGAGGCCGUUCGAGGCCUGCAGUAGCGAAGAUCUCUUCCGCAAGCUCGGGAACAAGGUCCAGUUUCGAGGAGAGGAUUGCUGGGAUCCGGAUUGCCGCGAUCUUUGCGAGGGGCUGCUGAGGAAGAAUCCCUUGGAGAGGAUAUCUUUCGAGGAGUUCUUCAAUCACAAGUUCCUGCGAGGAUCGAGCAAAGCUGCACUGGUUUGCGAUGAAUUAAAAGCCGACAGCGUUGUGAUCUUACACCGAGCGCCACGGCCACUGGAGACGAUCCCCGGGGAUCGCCAGCGGCCUGUGAGAGGGAGGAAUCCACUGAUGGACUCGAUUGAAGAGAGGAUUGCCAGAGAGUAUGUGAUGGUGUCUAGCCCCAGCUCUUCAAAGAACAAGCAUCCUCACUGCCCGAUUCCAAAGCCAGCACCGCCGCCGCCGCGUGCGCAUCCACCGAGCAAGAAUUCGAGCAAGGAAGAUCUGGAGCGCAGCGAAACCCUGCGAAUCUGCGCCAAAUUGCUCGGCGAAGUGGCAAGAUUCAAGCUACAAGACAGUAAGAAGCUUGAAUCCCUCUCGCUCUGCCUCGCCGUGCUUGGAUCGCUCAAGCGCGCCUUGAGCAUUGCCACCACGCCCCAGCUCUUGGAGGAUUUCUCGGCCGCCCUGGACGAAGCCGAGGCCGUAGCGGCGAAUCUCGACAGGAGCUCGGAUCAGGCGCUGCCAGAUGCGGCGGAGAUAAUCUAUCAGGCAGCGCUGGCGGCAGGGAGAGCCGGGGCAGUGGACGAGAUCCUGGAGAAGCGAGGGCGAGCAUCGGUCGAGUAUGCCAAGGCAUCAACGUUGCUCUUCUUUCUCAUCAUGGAUGACUCCCCGAUCCACCUACAUUCGUUAGAUGUUGCUAGCGCACACCAUUGCUUCCACGCUAUAACAGUGCGUCACAAGCAGUGCAAGAACGCUAGCCACUAA